CCAAAAAUCAGUUUUGAAGAGAGAGAGAGGGCGAGAGCGAGCUCUCGUUGAGCGGGAACUGGGCAGAGCAGGAGAGAACUGCACUGGUGCGUCGUAGCAGUCAACAAGCCGACAGUAGUCCGUUAAAUCGGAAAGGGAGAGAAGCGACUGAAGGCUCCUGAUUUUUUGGUAGAAGAAGUUGGGGAAGGGAGGAAUUAGGGCAUUCGGGGGAGAUGUCAGAUCUAGACAGGCAGAUUGAGCAGCUGAAGAAGUGCGAGCCGUUGAAGGAGUCGGAAGUCAAGGCUCUGUGCUUGAAAGCUAUGGAAAUCCUCGUCGAAGAGAGUAAUGUUCAGCGCGUUGAUGCUCCGGUGACUAUAUGUGGAGACAUCCAUGGCCAGUUUUAUGACAUGAAGGAGCUUUUCAAAGUAGGCGGAGAUUGCCCAAAGACUAAUUACUUAUUUCUUGGAGAUUUUGUUGACAGAGGAUUCUACUCUGUUGAAACAUUUUUGCUUCUGCUUGCCCUUAAGUUCACAAUUAACGAGUUACUGUUUUGUCAGGUGCGAUAUCCAGAUCGAAUAACACUCAUCAGAGGAAAUCAUGAGAGCCGUCAGAUAACACAGGUGUAUGGUUUUUAUGAUGAGUGUCUAAGGAAAUACGGUUCUGUAAAUGUAUGGAGAUACUGCACAGAUAUCUUUGAUUACCUGAGUUUGUCAGCGCUCAUUGAGAACAAAGUUUUCAGUGUUCACGGAGGUCUGUCUCCUGCAAUAUCGACCUUGGAUCAGAUCCGGACCAUUGACAGAAAACAAGAAGUGCCUCAUGAUGGUGCCAUGUGUGAUCUCCUUUGGUCGGAUCCUGAAGAUAUUGUGGAUGGUUGGGGUUUGAGUCCGCGUGGUGCAGGUUUUUUGUUUGGUGGCAGUGUGGUUAGUUCUUUCAACCACUCAAAUAAUAUUGAUUACAUUUGCCGCGCUCACCAGUUGGUAAUGGAGGGAUACAAAUGGAUGUUCAACAACCAAAUAGUUACUGUUUGGUCGGCUCCAAACUACUGUUACAGAUGUGGUAAUGUAGCGGCAAUACUUGAGCUGGAUGAGAACCUUAACAAACAAUUUCGCGUAUUUGAUGCCGCCCCACAGGAGUCGAGAGGAGCACCAGCCAAGAAGCCAGCACCUGAUUACUUUUUAUGAUAUCAGUGAAGGUGGAACAAGGCAAGAUCUCCCUCAUCAUCUGAUUCCAAGUGAACUGGCAGAUGACAAACAUGAUAGUUUUUUCACAACAACUUUAUCAGCAAUUCAGCAUAGAAUCCCGGCGGUUUCGUCAUUCGUUGAUGGUACCAAAAUGGCCCGACGCCACGGUACUUGCAUUCAUCACCGGGGUUUGGAUCUGCUAGCUGGUGCUCCAUAGUUGUUUUUGCCCCCUCGUUUCCAGGGCGGGUGCUCUUUUGUAUGUGUAACUGUGGAUGUCUGUGUGAAUUGUGAUCGACUGAGGAAAAUUGGAGGAUGCCGAUUUAAAGAAGGAUUGGUCUGUAACAAAUAACAGGAGAUUAGCCUGUUCAUUGUUUGUGCCACUCCUCAGUAGUGGCGAUUGUGAUGGAAGAAUACGGCGCCAAGUGAAGCGCAGAAAUGUACAAGGAAAGGAAUGACAUCUGCCUUUUUUCUUCUUUCAAUUUCUGUAGCCUGUAUUCCCUCCCUCUAAAUUGCAAGGUUAGUCACCAGAGUACUAAAAACGUUAAUAUUUGAUUUAUUAAAAAUAUUUAAUUCCAUUUGUGGUUACUAGAUUUAGUAAACCG